CCCAUGUCACUAUUAUUGUAAAGAGUAUUUAUUCGGUACGAAUAGAGCUCCGGGUUAAUCUCGGACUCCGAAUCCGAUUGCAGAAAAUCUCUAACCCCCAAAAAUUUCCACAAAAACCUCGAAAACCCCGAAAUCUCCUCCUCUCACGGAUGAAUUUCUUCAACUCGGUCUUCUCCGACGAGCCCCUUCCCUCCGACGAUCCGCACUACGACGCCCCAAACGACGGCGUCGACCCUAACCCGGAGUCGGAUCCGGAACCGGAACUAAGUUCGCGUCCAAAUUCCGGCACCGGGUCAUGGAGCUUUGGAGGUCUGAUCACGACUCUGGCGACGAAGUCCGGAUCCGUUAUGAAGAACUACCGCCGGGAUCUCGAGGAGUUCGGGUCCGAGUUGAAGAAGGAGACGGCGGUGAUCCGGGAGGUGGCUUCGCGCGCCGUCAAGGAUCUUCCGGGUUCGCUCGAGGUCGGCGCGUCGGUGGCUCAGGAAUCGCUGGAGACGGUGGGCCAGGCGAUCGAUGAUAUCGGAAGCACCGUCUGGAAAUCGACGACGGAGAUCAUCUCUCACGGUAGGGACGCAAUCUCAGCUGAUGAUGAUGUUGAAUCUGAUAAUUUGGAUGAUAAUGUUAGUGGUAAUCGUGAGAUUAGUGGUGAUAAUAAGAGAUUGAGUAGCAGUGGUAUUGAUUUGAGAAAGUACAGUAGGUUUGAAGCUCAGGUGCGUGCGGUUCAGAGUAAUUUGAAUACUUAUUUGGAGGAACCGGAGGAUUUGGAGAGCUAUGGGAGCUGGAAAUUAGGGUUUGUGUUGGACGAAAAGGCGGAGGAAGUCGAGAAUUUGAUGAGGGAAAAUGGAGUGAUUGGUGAGAUUUAUGGGGAGAUUGUGCCUGGUAAGGUUGAUAGUGAGAGCUUCUGGUCUAGGUACUUUUAUCGGGUGCAUAAGCUGAAGGAAGCCGAGGAGGCGAGAGCGAAACUCGUGAAUCGGGCAAUUUCGGGGGCGGAAGAGGAUUUGAGUUGGGAUUUUGAUGAUGAUGAUGAUGAUAAAGAUAAAGAUGUAGGGAAGGAAGAGGGUGAUGGAUCGGAUUUGAAGGUUGGUUCGAGUGGGACUGUAGAGUUGGAGAAGCAAAAGCAAGCUUCUUGUGAAGGUGCUGCAAUGGAGGGUGACAAUGUUGAGAGUGUUGAAGUUGCUGCAAGGGAGUCUGUGAGUAGUGAUGGUGGGGAUAAGGCAGAGUCGAAAUCUGAUGGAGUGUCGGAAGGGAAGACGGAUGGUGGUGAUUCUUGGAAAGAGAGUGAUGUUUCGAUUGUUUCGAGCCAGCCCUCGAUGCCUGAGGAAGAGGAUCUUGGGUGGGAUGAGAUUGAAGAUUUAGGAAGCAUUGAUGAGAACGAAGGGGACGCAACGGGGAGCAGUGCGAAUAGAGCGAAUUUACAUAAGCGGCUCAGUGCAGCAGAGGAAGAGGAGGAUUUGAGCUGGGAUAUCGAAGAUGAUGAAGAAGAUGUCACUAUUAAAUCAUGACGAAACUGCAGUCACAAGAUCAUCGCAAGCAUUGUGAAGAUAAUUGUUUUAUUUGGUUGUUAUACGACAUAAAUACGUUCUCUUAUCUGUUCUGUGAAGUUUUAAGUGAUUUACAUUUGCAUUUAUGUCACAUUUUAUAGUUGAAUAAAAUUAGAAACCCGAUACGGGGUUUCCUUGGCUAUACA